AUGAAUUUUAUCCGGAAAUUUAUGGGAAAAAGCUCCACCGAAGAGCUUAGCUCGGUCCCCAAGGGGAAACUAUACCUCACGCGGGCCCCCAAUUCUCCCAAGGGUUCACUCGAGUGUCUUUAUAAUGAUGCGUUUAUGUGUAUCCGACUGACCACCAGACCCUUUUACUACCAAUUGGCAGUGAGCAAGGUGUACCAAGAAGGUGAGAUCCUUACGCCCAACGACAAUGAAUUUGAUGACAAUGAAUGGAACUUCAUUAUUCUUCAGGAUUUGAGCUUCAAGUUCAUUGAGAAAAAGAACGGGUCGAUGGCCAUUAGCUGGAUUGACAUUAAUGGCGACGUGGGUGACAGUUUCGAGUUUGUGAUAGAUGACGAUGUCAAUUUGAACGACGUCGAGCUGUUCAAAAUCAGCUUGUACAAGUGUAUCUAUGAGCUGAAGUACCAUAAACCAUCGACUGAAAUCGACGAGACCGAGUUGAAGGAGUUCGAAUCAUUUGAAGAAGAGUUAACUCUUGAAGACAAUGUCACCACAUAUGAUGAUGAAGAUGACGAUGACGAUGACGAUGACGAUGACGACGACGAGGAAUGGGCAGAGACGUCCCAGGGUAUCGUGGGCAAGAAAAGCAAGUCCCUCGGAGCCGCGUCCCAGCAAACGGAAAGACCCUACGGGGAUGACGAAGAGAGUACCGUUGUGUUCAUUGAGCCUGCCACCAAGGAGGAGCCCAAGGAGAAGGUAUUCUCCAAGAAGGUAGAUUUGUACUUGUACGGUGAGGAUGGGUUUGGUUUUACCCUGGAGGUGACGCUCGAAAUACUUCUGUAUGUGGCCUGGAACUAUACAGUGAAGCUUUAUAACGGUUCGAACGUUCGGUUUGAAACGUUUCUUUCGAGUGCGAUGUCCCCCAUUUUCGAAGAGAGCAAGAAUGCGUUUGUGUUUAACUAUAACAGAGCUUCCGAAUCAGGCUUGCAGCUGUCAACGUGGCUUGUGGGUUUUGACAAAUUGGCGACGAUGAAAGAGUUCCAGAAUCAGUUUUUGAAAUGCUACUUUGAGUAUACCAACAAGAAGAAGUACCCAGACACGGAGGAACUUGACCUGCUGUACUUGGCCGACUCCUUGAGCGGCAUGACUCUUGAUGAUGAUGAUGAGUUCUUUUCAACUCACAGUUCCAGUGAUGACAAGGAGAGUGAUGAAGAUGAUGAAGACGAGGAAGUGGUUGUGAGGCCAGCGAGAUCAGCCAAGAAGAUCACAGUUCCGGCCAACGUUGAAGGUGGAAUCAACUCAGACUUGACGGUGGGAUUUGCUAACGAUAGGUCGUACGUGGUGAAUGGUAAUAACUUGGGAGUGUUUAAGAACGGAAAUGAUGACCUUGAGUUCCAGUCCACGAUCGGUGGACUCAAGAACAGGGCCGGCCAACAGAUUCUACCCGAGGCACUCAUGUUGCAACGGCGAGACGAACUGUUGGUAUUCAAGGAUAAGAACAGCCAAGGCUUAUAUCGGAUGGAUUUAAACAGAGGUCAGAUUGUGGAAGAAUGGGACGUCAGCAACAAUGACCAAGCACUUCGACAUUUCACGACUAACAAGAAGUACGAUCAGCUCACCAACGAACAGACAUUUAUGGGUAUUUCCAAGAAUGAGGUGUUUCAGAUGGACCCUAGACUUGCGAACAUUAUUGUUCCCACCGAAACCCGGUUGAAACAAAGCAACUUCAACCACAUCAACACCACCAAAGGUGGGUACUUUGCCGUUAGUGAUGCGGACGGAAAGAUCAGAUUAUACGACCGUAUUGGUCUUAAGAGAGCCAAGAGUUUAUUACCUUCAUUGGGUGACACGAUUGUAGCUAUGGACACCUCCAAUGAUGGGAGAUGGUUGUUGGCUACUUGCAGUGAUUAUCUUUUGCUCGUUGACUUGAAGGUGCAAGCGGGCAGUAAAAAUGCAGGAGCAUUAGGAUUCGAGAAGCCAUUCAGUGCUGCUAGUAAACCAAUUCCAAGAAGAAUCAUGUUGAAACCCGAACACCUGAUGGCCAUUCUUAAUUCUGGAGGACAAAAGAGCUUGAACUUCACCAGAGCAUACUUUAACACCAAGGUUACUGAUCAUGCUGAAACAGAUAUUAUCACCAGUACUGGCAACUAUGUGGUUCAAUUCAACCUUAAGAAGAUUUUGCAGGGCAAAGUCGACUCUUACGUGGUGAAGAAACUUGAUGAGGCUGUUGUGUCGUCAAACUUCCAGUUCGGAUCCAAUAAUGCCAUUUUUGCAUCUGAGCACAAUGUAGCUAAGAUGGGCAAGAGGAAGUUUGAGAGGUUUGAGAGAUUUGAGAAGGCUCUGGAGAGAAAGAGAUGAGGAUGAGAAGAUACGAAGCAGUAAUUACCAUAUAUGGAGUGUUCACCCAAUAAUAUAUAUUUAAUGAAGAUAACCAUCAUUAAUUCGGCAUUUCAAUGUCUGAACCGAAAUAAGUCCUUGACCUCAUUGAUCCAAAUGAUGCGGAACGCAUUUAUUUUAUGGCCCAUGGUCGGGCGGUAGUCCGUCACUGUCCGGUGUAUUGUGAUCUUGUUCACACGGUUAUACACCAGUUGCACAAAUCGGUUGAAUCCCGGUGACCGUAUGAGUGCUUCAUAAAGAAACCGUUCUAUUGGAGUCAUGUAUCAUCGCCAGAAAUGCCUAACUGCGAAGUCGCGCACAAAAUUAUCAAUUUCUUCCAACACAUUCAGCGCAACAGAAAUGAUUACAGAUGGUCAAUUGAACACAAUCGUUCUCUCGUUUGGCAUCGUCUCGAUGGUAGGAAUCUUGAUAUAUCACUUCAUCUCCACUAACACUAAGGAAAACGUCAAGGAAGCUUAGGAUGAUCAAAUGGAUUGCGAACACGUCAGCGGGUUAAUAGUAUAAUACAAGCAAUGCUCAUACAAACAAUACGUAGGGCCUGAGAAGUGGGAGCCGAGCAAAAUUGGACACUUAUUGCUGGAAGAAUCCAGGAUGAGUUCUUUCAAGUUAACUUCUAGGUUCUUGAUGUCCCCCGUAAACUUAUAGAUAGGGUUACUGGCGUACGGGAAGAAGAACGAAAAUACUAGUUGGUGCGUGCGCCGCCGCCCAAAUCUGAUACAAAUCUGUUG